UCUCUCUCUCUCUCUCUCUCUAAAAACCAAAUCCUUCUCUCUCUAAAUCACUUGUUAAAUAACCCAUCAGCUCACUAAACCCCGCAUUCACUCCCCCCACAAGCUUACUCUCUCUGUGGGAACCUCAAGUUUUGGUUUUGGAUUCGGAUACCGGGCCGGGUCGGGUCGGUUCGAAUGAAUUCGGUUGUUGACAAAAUGGAUCCUCCACUGAUCAACGAGUCUUCCUUCUCAGCAGCUAACCCAGCAUCCUACAGCCUGGCGGAGAUUUGGCCCAUCAGCGGCGAACCCGGUGGCAGCGGUGGCGGGUUGGGGCUCCGAAUGGGUAACUUGGGUCAGAGUUUCGGUGGGCUUGGAGAUAGCUCUGUGAACAGAGAUGGGUCGUUGGAGGAAUCGACUGUGACUGAGCAAAGUGGCGGCGGCUGUGGCGGAAGAAAGAGAAGGGAUGUGAGCUCUGAGGACGAGUCUUCGAAGCAGGUUUCCACCAGUAGUGGCAAUGGCUUGAAAUAUUCGGGUGGAAAACGGAUGAAAUUAGCGGGAUCCAGUAACGAAAAUGGCAGUUUGAAGGCUGAAGUUGAAGAAAGUUCAGCUGCUGGUGACAAGAAGCCAGCUGAAGAAAGCACUAAACCUUCCGAGCCACCCAAGCAAGACUUUAUCCAUGUGAGGGCAAGAAGGGGACAAGCUACAGAUAGCCACAGUCUAGCCGAGAGAGCUAGGAGAGAGAAGAUCAGCGAGAGGAUGAAAAUUCUCCAAGAUUUGGUUCCUGGAUGCAACAAGGUUAUUGGGAAAGCACUUGUCCUUGACGAGAUUAUUAAUUACAUCCAAUCACUGCAGCACCAGGUCGAGUUCCUUUCAAUGAAGCUUGAAGCAGUCAAUUCAAGGAUGAACAUGAAUCCCGCUAUUGAAGCGUUUCCUCCAAAAGAUAAUGUAAACCUUCGUCUAGGGAUUUUUUGGGUACAACUUUUCAAUCUUGGAGAUGCAUCAAGGAAUGUAAAUGUCUGCCAACAGAGGAGUGUGCUUGUUGUAAGCUUGGCCGCUGGACACCACAGUGUUGCUCUUGAUUUCCCAAGAUUUGCAGUUGUGCAUUUCUUGUGGCAUUGUUAAGGGAAAGAACAGCAAGGCACUUCCUUCUGUGCUCAUCUUUUUCUAUAACCUAACCCUUGCUAUACGCAUAAAGAUUCCGGAAAAUCUCUUGUAUUAUUUGCGAUGACAUUAAUGCAUCAUGUCAUCUAUUUGAGCAUAACAAUACGAUAGUAAUGAUAUUUUCUUAGUCCUUGAUUUCCCAGGAAGGGUGAAGUCCUCUUCCGUUUUCCAUCUCGAAUUUAAAUGCUAUCACCAUUCUGCUGCCUCCUAAUUCUCAGGAUCACAGUUCUUUUCUAUCAUCAUGAUGACAUUAUCCUUGUUUAGAUUCUCUUCCCGUUAACUCAUAUUGCAAUUAGCUACUAUCUCCCCGGUUGAACAAGUAAAGUUUCUUUCAAAACACGGAAAGCCAAGGUAUGUGCUGUAUGAGUUUCUUACGUGUUGACCUGGUG